CCCGCGGCUCCGGGAGGAUGUGGGUCCUCGGCAUCGCGGCAACUUUCUGCGGAUUGUUCUUACUUCAAGGCUUUGCGCUGCAGAUCCAGUGUUACCAGUGUGAAGAAUUCCAGCUGAACAACGACUGCUCCUCCCCGGAGUUUAUAGUCAACUGCACGGUGAAUGUUCAAGACAUGUGUCAGAAAGAAGUGAUGGAGCAAAGCGCAGGGAUCAUGUACCGCAAAUCGUGUGCGUCCUCUGCGGCCUGCCUCAUCGCCUCGGCUGGGUACCAGUCCUUCUGCUCCCCAGGGAAACUGAACUCAGUGUGCAUCAGCUGCUGUAACACCCCACUUUGCAAUGGUCCCCGGCCCAAGAAACGGAGCAGUUCAGCCUCAGCCCCUCAGCCAGGGUUCUUCAUCACCAUCCUGCUCCUCAAAUUAGCUCUCUGGUUGGCCCAGUGCUGAAGCUGAUGUGAACGCCAGCACCUCCUGCGUUGUGCUUCUGGCCUCACUCCCUGAGAUUCUCCUGGGUGUGCUUUGAUACUGGGUAGGGAGGGGAGUGAGUCUGUGUUCUCCUUCAUUUAGUUCCUUUGCAGAUAACGGAAGAGCUCCGUGAAACAUUUUUGUAAGUUCUGGAUUUUCAGUACAUACGUAAAGGCAAGUGGUGGAGGGAACGCUGGCCCCAUGUCUGUAAUCAGUCAAGGCCAGGCUGGGCUUGGAUUCAGUCCUCAAAAUCCAUUUCAGUGGAUGUCAGACUUUUCCACAAGCUAGUGUCAUGCCUGUCCCUGAGGGGGGGUGCAGUCUCUUAUUGCUGUGUGAGGGUGAUGUUGCUUUCGGUGGGGAGAGCGGUUAGCAGUCAAGGCCACCCGACUUGACCGUCACACUUCAAUCUCCUGCAAACCGUUCUCUAGUUUCACCUCCAAGUUGGGGGCUGGUGACUCGGGAUUCAGUGGCUGGGGCUGAGACUCAGGCUCACCCUGAAAAGUGCUUAGAAAAAUCUUGUUAGUUCUCCUUGCAGAGGAAUUGCGCCCGGAAACCCUGAAGAGCAGCGGGCGGCGCAUGGAGCGGACACUCUUCCCCAGGGAGGCAUCGCGCAGCUGCUUCUGGUUGGCGUGUUGCAGCGUCAGGCGGCAGCGCAGCACCUGCAUGAACACACUGCGGAACUGCCGCGAGGACACGUUGUACAGGAGCGGGUUGAUAACUGAGCUGAGGUAGAAGAACGUGUCGGAGAAAGGGAGGAGCAGCAUGUACGCCUGGAAGUAGGACUUCGUCCAGUCGCUCUUGGGUUUGGCUGCAGCCAUGAUCCUCCGGACCUGGUUAGGCAGCCAGCAGACGGCCAGUGUCACAACAAUCAGCCCUGUACAGGCAAGGAGAGAGGGGGGAUCAGCAUGAGAACAGCAGCAAAAACCAUAAAAUAUUUAGCCCCUCGGUUCUGUGCUUACUGGCCAGGAAAUGGUACCACUUUUUCAAUGUCCUCCUUGACAGCUUUUUUUUGCCACUAGCAAAGAAUUUAGCGCUGUUUGAAGGCCAGGGGAGUUGACGGUGUUAAAGACCAUUAAAUGCUUCAGACAGUUUAUUUAUACCUGUUGCUGCCUGUUAAUUUAAAAAAAGAAAAUGUUUUCACUGUUGUGUAUCCGGGAAGCAUUUUAUGAAGUGCAUAAAUCUGGUUUUUGUGGUUUUGUUUAAAGAAAUACAGUAGAGCCAUAUGAGAUAAAAUAGUAUUUGUAUUUUAAAGAACUUCCCCAUAAAUAAGGCCCAGUGAUACUUUGAAUUCAAAUGGAAGUGGUGUCACUUUGGUAGCAAAACAGCUUAUUUUGUGACAAUGAUUUUUCAUUCACUUUCAGGAGAAGCAGAAUCAGGAAUAACCUCUCACCAAGAAUGUUUGGGGAUGAGUUUACUAGGUGUGCACACCCAGAAUUAUAAUGCGCAUAUCUGAAGCAGCACUUCCAUGUCUUUUCAAGUGUUUUUAGAGAUGACAUAUCAUCCUCCCUCAUGAGGAAAGACACUUAUAUUAAUAUAAAACUCCAAGUUCAGCCAGUAACAUGCUCAUUUCUUUUGCAGCCCUGAACUGCAGUGUCAGCAGCCCAGGAAAGACCAGGCUGUAAAGUGACACUACUCAGAGGCCCGAAGCAGAUCAGAAGUUGACUGCAAGCACUUGUUUGCAUACCCUUGUAUCUGCUUUCCAACUUUCACAAUCAUUACUCUUUCUAGCAGGAAAAAAAAAAAAGAUGCUGUAUAGACCUCAGACGAGUGAUACUACGCGUAUCGUGAGGUUUCAUUUACAGGGAUAAGAGCUAGAAAAGAAAGAUCAGAAACUCGCAGAGCAUUUGCUCUCUUCUCUCCCAGAACCAAGACGGCAGAACGCAAGUUCCUGUGUGGAGAGCUGCUAUCUGGAAGGCCUGUGUUGGAUUUGUAGAAAUGCUUCCUCCCUCACCUAAAUUUGAAUGAUAGUGUCAUUAGGAAAAUUCAUUCAC